UGUUUCCGGUGAAACGACGUCGUACUAGUGCGUUCGUCACGAGAUACCAAAAACCCCCAAAGUAUCGCCGAUACGACGGAGGAAGAGAAGAUUUGUCAACGCCUGACUAUUGAAGAAAAGCUUCCGACAAUGGCGUGGAUGCAAAUGAUACAGAGCGCGAGAUCUCUUCUGAGGACAACACGACCUUCUUCGACUCCAAGCCUCUCCAGAUUCUACUCCAAACCUGCUCCUUAUGCCGUGAAAGUUGGGAUUCCUGAGUUCUUGAGUGGGAUUGGGGGAGGAGUUGAGACUCAUAUCGCUAAACUUGAGACAGAGAUUGGUGAUCUUUCGAAACUGCUUGUGACUCGUACCCUCAGGCUCAAGAAGCAUGGCGUCCCUUGCAAACAUAGGAAGCUGAUACUGAAAUAUAGCCAGAAGUACAGGCUAGGGCUAUGGAAACCUAGAGCUGACGCUAUAAAGGCCUGAUUGGUUCCUUUCUUCUGUCGAACUGCGAGUGUGUCAUGCGUUGUUUUGCUACUUAGUUGUUUUUCAGUGUGGACUAGGCAUAGCAAUGUUACCCAAUUACUUGAAACUCGAGUCAUUGUUUUGUCUGCGUUCAUGUACUUGUUAUCUCCAUGGGUCUGGAAACGUUAAAGCCAGGUCUGGAAAUCAUGGAGGAGUAGGUUU